CAAACACAGGCCUCACCGUUUCCUGUUCUGUCCCAAAUCAAAACUCGAACUAAACGAACUCUUGCCUGAUUCGCAAAUUCUCACGCUGCUGUGCUCUAAUCUCGGUGAAAAUAUUGGGAGAUGACAUCAACGGCGCAAGGAGAACUCAAACAGAACCCUAAAUCUCCAGUUGAUUCUGGCUUCAGCAUGAGGAGGCAGAAGAUAGCAGAACAUAGAAAGUCUCUUCCUAUUGCUUCAGUGGAGAAAAGUCUUAUUGAGGAGGUUCAAAAGAAUGAUAUUCUGAUUAUUGUUGGUGAAACCGGUAGUUACCUUAUUAUCAAUUCUCAACUAGUUUCUGGACCAAGUUGCAUCAUAUGUUUUUUCUUGCUUUUGACAGAGUUGCCUCAGUUUCUGUUCAAUGCUGGAUUCUGUCGGGGAGGAAAGAUGGUAGGGAUAUCACAGCCGAGUUGUAUCGCUGCUGUGACUGUUGCUAAAAGGGUAGCUGAGGAGUGUGAUGUUCAAUUAGGCCAAAGGGUUGGUUACUCUAUUAUGUUUGAUGAUACUACUUGUAGCUCCACGAGCUUAAAAUACAUGACUGAUGCUUUAUUGUUGAGAGAAGCCUUGGUGGAUCCGCUUCUUUCUAGAUAUUCAGUCAUUAUUGUCGAUGAAGCCCACGAGAGGACUGUUCAUACUGAUGUUCUACUGGCCUUGCUUAAAAAGGUGCAGCUGGAUCGGUCAAAGGCUGCUAACGAGACAAGUGAGAUUGGCAAUAAAGGGUUAGAAGUACAAGCAAAAACAAAUGUAUCUCCGUUAAAGCUGAUAAUCAUGUCUGCAAGUUUGGAUGAUGCACGUGUAUUCUCUGAGUAUUACGGUGGUGCCAAAGCUCUUCAUGUGCAAGGGAGGAGACAGUUUACUGUGGACAUUCUUUACACUGUUCAUCCUGAAACAGAUUAUUAUGUUGAUGCAGCUUUGGUCAUCACUAUAUUUCAGAUUCAUUUGGAGGAGAAGCCAGGUGAUAUACUUGUUUUCCUCACUGGACAAGAUGAGAUUGAAUCUGUUGAAAGACUUGUCAAAGAAAGACUUGAGCAUUUACCUGAAGACAAGAGGAAGCUACUUCCACUGCCUAUCUUUUCAUCAGAUCAGCUGAUGACAGUUUCAGCUCCUGCGCCUAUUGGUUUCCGUAAGGUGGUUUUGGCCACAAGUAUAGCGGAGACAUCGAUUACAAUUCCUGGAAUAAGAUAUGUGGUAGACCCUGGGUGUGUUAAGGCACGAACCUAUGAUCCUAGCAAAGGAAUGGAGACGCUUGAUGUUGUUCCAGCAUCAAAAACACAGGCUCUUCAAAGAAGUGGGCGUGCAGGACGUGAGGGUCCUGGCAAAUGUUUUCGUCUUUAUCGUGAGAGGGAAUUUGAGAAGAUGGAGGAUUCAACCAAACCAGAGAUCAAGAGAUGCAAUCUCUCUAAUGUCAUUUUGCAGCUCAAGGCUCUGGGAUAUGAUGAUAUUUUUGGAUUUGAUUUUAUAGAUAAACCAUCAAGGAGCGCCAUUGUAAAAGCAUUGGCGGAGUUGCGCUUGCUUGGUGCCUUGACGGAUGAUUGCAAACUAGAAGAACCGGCUGGUGAUCAAAUGGCACGGCUCCCAGUAGAUCCAGUUUACUCAAGAGCUCUAAUUUUGGCGAAUCAGUCCUACUGUCUUGAGGAAAUGUUAAUCACUGUUGCAAUGCUCUCUGUGGAAUCCAUAUUUUGUGAUCCUCCUCGUGAGAAGAGAGAAGAGGCAAGAACUUCAAGAAACCACUUUGCUAGCGUUGAAGGGGAUCAUUUAACUUAUCUUGGUGUUUAUCGAGAGUCGAAUGAGUUCUUGGAGGCGGAAAACAGUGAAGCCGAAGUUGAUGAAAUUUUGAGAAAAUGGUGUAAGGACAACUUCGUGAAUAGCCGUUCCUUGAAACAUGCUCGUGACAUUUAUAGACAAAUUCGUGGGAGCGUUGAACAGAUGGGUUUUAAUGUGUCUUCAUCCGGCAAUGACAUGCUUGAGUACCGUAGAUGUCUUGCUGCAUCGUUUUUCCUUAAAGCAGCUCAGAGACAAAUGGAUGGUACAUACAGGGCUUUGGAAAGUGGUGAGAUUGUGCACAUCCACCCAACUUCUGUUUUGUUCCGUUCCAAACCAGAGUGUGUUAUCUUCAACGAGCUUAUGCAAACCAGCAAAAAGUACAUCAAGAACCUGACAAGAAUUGAUCCCUUAUGGUUGGCUCCUCAUCAUUACAACACAGAAGAGUGACUUAACUCGAGUUAUUGUUGUUUUUGUAGUUUAUAACCUUCAAAACUCAAAAGGGCUAUAUUCCCUUGUGCUUAAUCAAAGUGAAUGAUUGAAAAUUUACAGAA